AUGAUCAGUUUCGUUGCUCUGGUUGUCGUAAUAGUCCCGUCUGUUGUAUUUGCUGAAGAUGGACCAAUAAUCAGUAGCCCGUCGGGGAAAAUACAGGGUACAGUUGAGUCAUGUGGUAUGUUUUGCACAUACUACUCAUUCAAAGGUAUCCCUUAUGCGCUGCCACCGGUUGGUGCACUUCGUUUCAGGAAUCCAGUCGCUCAUCCAGAUUGGAGUGAUGUCCGAGAUGGUAGUCAGCAUGGUGCAAAAUGUCUGCAGGUUGGGACAAACCUUGAAGAAAUCAUAGGAGACGAAGAUUGCUUGUUUUUGAAUGUGUAUAGUGAAAAUGUAAUUGGCCUACAUCCGGUGAUGUUUUGGAUCCAUGGAGGAGCAUUCAGUGCUGGGGCCGGAGAUUUUGAACCAUUCGAUCCGCAGAAACUGAUCAGAGAAGGUAUUACUGUGGUGACCGUGAACUACAGAUUAGGUGCGCUUGGAUUUCUGAGUACUGCUGAUCAGUAUGCUCAAGGGAACUGGGGAUUGAAGGACUGCAUAGAGGCCCUUCGAUGGAUUAAGAGAAACAUUGCUUCUUUUGGAGGAGAUCCAGACAAUGUAACUAUUUUUGGAAACUCUGCUGGAGCUUCAUUGGUACAUUAUCUAUAUUUAUCCGAGCUGGCAGAUGGACUGUUCCACAAGGCAAUCGCCCAAAGUGGAAAUGUAUUGAUGCCAUUCGCCUUUCAAUCUAAUCCAAGUUUUUAUGCAGAUAGAUUAGCGGCAGCCUUCGGAUUAUCAAAUGAUAGCGCCGUUUAUGUUGGUGAACUCAGAAAUCUUCCAGCAAACAGUUUCAUUCCGUGGCAAGAAAACUUACCCACCAUUCCAGUUCCUCGCUAUCUGCGUCCAUUGGACUUUUCACCAUCAGUUGAGCCAAGUAACUCUCCAGAGGCAAGAGCGUUAACCGAUAAACCGAAGCAUCUUAUGGAAACUCGAACCCACUACGUUCCCUUCAUGAUUGGUUACAAUGAUCUGGAAGGAUCAUUUUUCACAACCCUUGAACAACUCAUCGAUCAAACAGUAUGGGAACAGUUCAAUUCUCAACCUCAACUAUUGAUACCUUUCUUCUGGAACAUCGAAAACGGUUCUUCAUCUUCACUCAGUGUCAUUUCCGCUUUUCAACAGUACUACUUCAACGAUAAACCAAUCGAUAGUUCAGUGGACUUCGAAUGGGCCCAAUACUACGGAGAUCACAUAUUCCGGUUUCCAACCGAUUAUACUGCCCAAGUCCAUGCUAGAGGUCAAGCACCAGUGUAUUACUACCAGUUUUCCUAUGACGGGGAUCUAAAUUUGUACAAAAAAUUAUUUAUGAUCACUCACCCUGGAGCAGUUCACUGCGACGAGCUACCGUAUAUGUUCGAAAUAGCAACACAAAUGGGAAUUUCCAUUGCGGCCGAUAGCCAUGCUCUAACGGUGAGUAACCGUGUGGUACGAAUGUGGACGAAUUUCGCGAAAUACGGAGUUCCAAGUCCAGGUGAUGACACCAUACUGCAAAAUGUUAACUGGCCAAGUAUUCAAGAGGGACCAAAUGACGUGACCCUAAUGGACAUAGGUUUAUUGAUGUGGCAUAAUUUGCAGAAUUCUUACGCUGCUAACCCGUUUGUAUGAGCAUCGUCCACCAGAUGGCAAUGCAGAAAUGAAUGCAAUUCAUUCUUCGAAAUUAAAC